AAACGAUUUAAUUAGAUGCUUGAUUUACAUGCUCUUGUUCGCUCUUCAUGCAACGCGGGUUAUUAGACUUUUUCGAGUGAUGACGUGAAAUGGAAGUGAGUGGUGCCAACUUUUGAGUGAUCUUUUUCGUUUCUGGAUAGAAGUUUUGGUCAAUAUAUUUGGACAGUCAUAACUUCGAGUGUAUUAUUAGAAAACUAACAGUGAGUAAGACUGAAAAAAAUUUAAGCACACCCAAUGAAGGGGGAUGAAAAAUCAACCGUCGUCGACAAGCAUAAAAAUUCCCCGAUACUGCUAAACCAACCCCAUCAAAAAUGAAACUUGAAGCUGAGCGAAGCGCCUGCGCUUGGCCAAGCGGCAACCACCCAGACAAAGAAGACUGCGAUGCAACACUCUUCGACGCGAUGUUCCGCUUAAUGGAAAACAAUUACAAGAUUCUGAUCACUGACGACAACGAGUUCAUCGACUGCGAAUUUCUAGCCGACGGUGGCCAGAAGUCCCUUUACAGCGCCUGCAAUCGGCCGAGCGGCAACCGGCAAAGCACCAAAGUAGCGCAAUGCGUAUUUGACACGAACCCUGACGUUGAAUCCUGUUUCUGCGACCUGAGUUUUGACCCCGAUGCUGAGCGAACUGUUCUCAGCGACUUGCUCCAAAAUUAUGAUGAAAAAGAGUGGCAAACUUUCCUACCGAAGACUGCCGAAGAUAAGUUUGGAUCUCCCCACCAGCAGAGGAACACUGAGAGUGGAUACUUUCAUAAAGUCAGACAAGAAAAUCCAAUUAGUGUUGAGGCUGAGCAAAUCCCCUGCCAGGAGAAACAAUCAGCAAUCGAGCGGAAUAACGAUUUAGGAGCCACACAAAAAAUGAAUCAAGGGAUUCUAAAAGACUCGAAUACCGAUGCUGGACCAUCGAAAAUUUCACAAGUGGAGCAAAUACUCGGAUUUUUGACGGAGGAGAGAGGGGCUUUGAAACUCGAAGCGGAACAGAGUGGAGUGGAACUCUCCUUCGGCGUAGACAAUUACAGAGCGGAGUCGAGAGAAAAAAGUUGGAGUCCUUGGGACCAGCUACAGGGGCUUUCAAAUUGUCCGUUGAAAAUUUCAAAUCCGCAUUCGAAUAUUUCAGAGGAGCUAUCUCUUAAUGUAGAGGACCACAGGCCGGAAGCGGAGGACAAGAGUUGGAGCCCUUGGGACCAGUUGCAGGAACCCUCCAAUUGUCCGCUGAAAAUUGAAAAUUUGCAAGCGGAGUCGAGUAUACCAGGAAGUGGCGAGGACCUCAAACCAACAGAGUUGGAUCAAAGAGAGCGAAAUCUAGGAUGUGAUUACAGUCAGCAAUCACCAGAGCCAUCCAACUCGCCUCAAAUGACCUGUAUUUCAGGGAUUGAUAACAUCAGGCACCCGAGUACAGAAGCAGAUCCGAGAUCAUUCCCCAACAUGCACACCAGCCCAAAGCCCGAAAGCGGUUCAAUCACUUCAACGGUGAAGACCGAGCUAGACCAAAGCCAGAGCCCCUCGGAAGCGGGAAGGGCGCUGCUCUCGGAUUUCUACCAAGCGCUGAGCCACAGCGAUUACUGCUCCGGCUCAGAGGGCGUCGGGAGCCCUUUUUCAGAGGCAGAAUUGGGCGCCCUCUCGCCGGACUGGUUGCUCGAGGACGCCGACUCGGUGGGCGACAGCGAUGGGGCGGUAGGGGCGCUGCCGCCCAUGAUUCCCGGGACCCGACGCUUCGAUGACGCCCCUCCCAGCGGCGCCCCCGGAGCGCGCUUCCGCCUCCAGUAUAAUAGGAUCCUCGAGGCCGCCUCUGGGUUGUAUCCGGUUACCGAUGGGCGCGCCGCGCCUGAACAUGAGUUUCAAGAGUUUUUGCCGAGUGAAGAACCGUUUAUCAAUAUUCCCGACUCGGAGAUGCCGCCUCAGGUCGAUCAUUCCUGCACAUCACGACUGAAUGCUGAAGAGAAGCACGGUGGGGAGACUGAGGCGGAGGCGGACGCGGAGGUGCUGGAGUGCAAGUGGGCGUGGUGCGGGGCGGAGUGCGUUGGUCAGGAGGCGCUCGUGCGGCACAUCGAGUCCUACCACGUGGAGCCGCGCAAGGGGGAGCAGUUCACCUGCCUCUGGGAGUCCUGCAUGCGCCAGGCCCGGCCCUUCAACGCCCGCUACAAGCUCCUCAUCCACAUGCGGGUCCAUUCCGGCGAGAAGCCCAACAAAUGCCCCUUUAUUGGGUGUCCGAAAGCAUUCUCGAGACUGGAGAACUUGAAGAUCCAUCAGCGUUCCCACACAGGAGAACGACCAUACAAGUGCCAGUACGAGGGCUGUCUCAAGGCGUUCAGUAACAGUUCGGAUCGAGCAAAACACCAAAGAACCCAUCUUGACACGAAACCUUACGCAUGUCAGAUCAGUGGAUGCACCAAGAAGUACACAGACCCAAGUUCGCUGAGGAAGCACAUUAAAAACCACUCUUCGCCUCAUGUGUCGGUCAAAAUGAGGAAAUCUACCAAUGGCGGCUCACAGUCCAAUUCAAAAAAAUCUGCUGCGAGGAAGAAUAAUCAGUCUGGGAAAGCAAUCGGAAAAUUCGGGGUGGCAAAGUCUGAAACUGUGAUCGAUGACCUCGAGACGACUGCCGAGUUCGUGCCAUACGACUAUUCCCCCAUCUAUUUCAGCGAUUUCGACCAAAAGUUCCCUCAGGUAGAAGACGAAUCUCUGACCAAAAAUUUCAUCCCCUUUCUCACGCAGGAGGAUACUCUGUUUAUGAACUAAGUUCCUUUCUCGGAUGGAAUAUUCAAGUCUUUGAAUGUAGAGGAAAAAGCACGAGAAAGGACAAAUCAUACAUAUUUGUAACAAUGGAAGGGGAAGACAUUUUUUUGGGGGUGAAUUUCGAACUUUAUCCUAAGGUAACAAUUUUUAUUGAAGACUUCCGAAAGAAUAAAAUAUUUACGAAAAUAGUGAUUACGAACAUUCAAUUGUCUUUGA